AUGUUGACAUCCGUAAAUGCCGUGAUGUCAACAACAUCGCCUCCAUUACCGUCAUCAUCAUCGUCACCGUUAUCAUCACCAAGCUCCAGCAGCACCACCAGCAGCAUCAACAACAGCACGGCAAUACUACCAAUGCUAUCCCCGCGUUCCACUCCCGCCCAUCCUCCUGCCGUGUCAUCCUCGUCCGCACCCGGAAGUUGUUCGUUGGCAUCGUCGACCACCUCACCGUCGGCUCCGGCACUGGCGGCCGCACUACUACUGACAUCACCUUCGUCGUCGUCCGCUAGCCGUACGUCAGCAUCUUCACAAUCGAAUGGCUAUCAACAGCAGCAGCUACUGCCACCACCAUCACUACCCUUAUCAUCGUCCUCUUCGCCGGUCUUGGUACAAUCUUCUACGGUGGCUACUACAGGUACUACGGCGGCAUCAUCACUGUUGAUCAAUCAUCUCACGAGCAGCACCAAACAGCAGCUGCCCUUACCAUCUCCCCCGUCCUCCAGCUCAUCGUCGUUGUCGGGCAUAGUGGUAGUACCGAAACCAUCUGUCCACGCAGCAGUUCCAGAUGAAGCGAUCGGCAAUAAAAGGGAACUGAAUCAGUCACCGUUGGUUGUGGUAGCAGCAGCAGCAGCAGCAACGGCCCCAGGAGGCAUCCAAAAGAAGACAAAACUCGGCAACAGUGUGGCCAUAGCCUCGUCACCAGCUAGCAGCAAUCGUACGGAUGGAAGUGACAUUUCGGCCUGCCCGAAAGUAAUAUCACCCAUCGUGAAUGUGGUAGUUAAUGACAUUGCCGCCGGACUGGCAAACGCUGUGGCGGCUGCUGUGGCAGACGCUGUAACAGUUGCCACGAUCGGAAGGAACCUGAUUAUGGCCACUGGUGGAGGUGGUAGUAGUUCCCGUCACAAUCACAGCGGACGUACGCCAGCGGGCGGCACAAGUACUGCCAGCAACGGUACCAACAGCAACACCCUCAACACUUACUCACAACUGCGCCAACAGCUCGAAAUGGGAACAUCUGCGGCGGCUGUACUCGUGGCUGCCACCGGUCCAACCAAAGGUGGUGUUGUUGUCGGUCAUCAUCCGGCUGCUUCACAGCAGCAGCAGCAGCACAGUCACCUGAAGCAAUAUCUUAAUGCUGCAUCCACCGGUGGAAGAAGAGGCGGCGGUGGUGCAACUGGUGGAUCAAUGCUUACUGCUGCUGGAGGUGCCGGUAACCAGCACCCUGGUGGUGCAGCGCAGCAGCAGCAGCAGCAACACCAUCAUCACCAUCACCACCAUCAUCAUCACGUACAUUCGCAACCAAGACGUCAGCCGACGGCCAGCAGUACUACUACUAACGGCGGUACAGUUGCAGCUGCCGUAGCUUCCACACAUGCAGGAGCUGUCCAUGAUAAUGGUCGGAACAGCAAUGCACGCUCCGCAUCAAACGCAAUCGAUGCCAACGCAAACCAUCACCAUCAUCGAUGGUAG